CAGCACUCACAGCCACCGAAGAGACGCGCCGUCUCGAGCACUCCCACCCGCAUCAACCAGCAGCAGCAUCAGCCUCGGCGUCGCAACAAGCACAAUCAGAAAGAGCUGGGAACAUGGUACAAGACACACAAACGGGGGAUCACCUGCUGCUGGACUACUUCUUGCAUAGCACUGUCCCCCCCAUCCUUGCGCCAGUCGAAACGCGCCAACAAUGGUCUUCGAUGCGCCGACACUUCCUCGUCAUGGCCCAAGAGUCGCCCAUGGUGCGCCUGGCUUUGUUGAGCUUCUCUGAUCUGCUACUGCAUCGUCGCCAGAACUCGACCAUGUCUCCCGAUGGCCAAAGGUAUCAUCAAGACUCUUCCCGCGAGUUGGCGAGUAGCGUCACUGGUGCCGGGACAGCUGUCACAAAGCGCGAGCAUCUUCUGGCGACUUGCUUCUUCCUCAGCUACGUGGACAUCCUGGGAGGCCGAACCGAAGCCGCCCAUGGAAGCUUGAAGGCAGCAUACACCAUCUUUGACCAGGGCGACAAGGCCAGCUUCGGCCCUCUCGAGAUCCGAAUACUCUCUUGGAUCCGGCUACUGGAUGGACGCGCUGUCUCUGCAGGAGGCGAAGGUCUGUUCCUUUCAGAUGAUGAAGCGUCAGAGAUGCUUGUACAACCGUCACCAGCUGGCUUGGAGAGUUUACCAGGAGAUCUGGACACGACCAACGACAUGGAUCAGAACGCCGAGAUCGAGGAUGUCCUGUUCCAAGCACUCUACCAACCUGGCGCUGUAUUCUUCCAGAAGGUGCAGUCUUUCAUGGGUCGCAUAUCGAAGAUUGACCCAUGGCAUCGGAGUCGAGGCACCGUCUCCGAUGAGACAGAAGUCAUGAUUGUCGCUGCAAACAUCACAAAAGACCUUGACAAACUGUUCGACGCUCGACCUCGACUCAUGGACUACGCAGCAAAGGGCCAGCUGACACCCCAAUACCUCAACCCCCACCUCUCGCAUACCAUCACAAGAGCCUUCCGGACAUAUGCCAGCAACUUCUACGCGAGCAAGGUACACCUCCAUCGAGUCGCAUACAAGUCCUUGCCUCUGGCACCGGAAACAGUCCUAGCACUUGCAAAGAUCAGGGAGCUUGCAAGGAUGAUGGUUGAUACGCCGUCGGAAUCUGGUGUCGGAGGCGAGCCUCUGCCGGUGAACAUGCUUUGGCCCCUCUUGAUGCUUGGAUCUGAAGAAGAUGACGCACAAGAAAGAGCUUGGAUCAGAACCCAGAUAUGCAGGAUGCAAGAAGUCGCGACGAAUGCUCACAUGACAGCCCAAGUCCUGGACGAGGUGCAGAAGAUGCAAGAUGCGACAAAAACAAGGGUGGACAUUCGAAGCAUCAUGCACAAGAUUUUCGAUGCAUGUUUUGCCAUUGUGUGAUUGAACCUCUUAGUAUGAACACUUGCUUUGACCC